UGUAAUUUGCUCCAGGCUUGCUGAGGAAUUGUAAUUUGGUUUCGAUUGGUACUCUUUACGGGUCUAUACACGGUACAGCCAUGGGUCGCAAAUUCUUUGUCGGUGGUAAUUGGAAAAUGAACGGUACCAAAAGUGAAAUAGACGGUAUCGUAGCCUUUUUAAAGAAUGGUCCACUUGAUCCAAAUGUUGAGAUUGUUGUUGGAGUGCCAUCAAUAUACCUGACAUAUGUAAAAAGCAUAUUACCUGCCAACGUUAAUAUCAGUGGUCAGAAUGCAUAUAAGGUAACAAAAGGAGCAUAUACUGGAGAAAUUAGUCCUGCUAUGUUAUUGGAUAAUGGAAUCCCUUGGGUAAUUUUGGGUCAUUCGGAACGAAGAAAUGUUUUUGGUGAAACAGAUGAGUUAAUUGCAGACAAAGUAGCUCAUGCCUUAGAAACUGGAGUAAAGGUAAUUGCAUGUAUUGGAGAAAAAUUAGAAGAGCGUGAAGCUGGAAAGACAGAAGAAGUAGUAUUCAGGCAGACUAAAGCUAUUGCAGAUAAAAUCAAAUCCUGGGACAAUGUAGUUGUUGCCUAUGAGCCAGUAUGGGCAAUUGGAACAGGCAAGACAGCCACUCCUCAGCAAGCUCAAGAGGUACAUGAGAAACUGAGGCAGUGGUUUUCCCAAAAUGUUAAUGCAACGGUCGCUGAAAAUGUUAGAAUUAUUUAUGGAGGAUCAGUGACAGCAGAAAAUGCAAAAGAUUUAGCAAAGGAAAAAGAUAUCGAUGGAUUUCUAGUUGGAGGAGCAUCUUUGAAACCUGACUUUGUACAAAUUGUUAAUGCUAAACAGUGAGAUCAAUAUUGCCAGUUGUACAAAAAUGUUGCUUGUUAAUUAUAACAUACUGAGAACCUGUUUCACAAAAUGUUAUAAAAAAUUAACUUAUAUUCGUUUAUUCCAUAGAGAAGAAGUAUCAAUGAUGAAAUGUUGCUGCGAUGAAAUAUAAUAUUGAAAUUAAU